GCAAUUAGUAGUCAGUGUCCAGCAAGGCUGGGCCGAGCAUGAUCGACUUUUGUUACGUCUGUCAAGAUAAGCCUGUUCGCUUGCCGAUUAACUUCCAGUCAAACCGAACUCCUCUUCUGGUCUCGUAGCUCGUCGCAUUGGAUCUGGUAACUUCGCGAACUCUUCGUCACGCUCGUUAUCAACAGACACCUUUCCCAGCUUAAACCUAUUCUUCCUCUAGCCGUCGGCGCUCCUACUUAGGGUUUUCUUGGCGGUUAUAGCGCCUCGACUCCGUUAUUUCUGCCCGCAGACUCAACAGCAGGGGGGGAAGUUCCACAUACCGGGUGUUUUUUAGAAUUCUAAAAAAACUCUGCACAACCAUACCGCUUGCGAAAUUCACGUCUACGAGUGUUGGUUCCGCAUACGAUUUCAACGUGCAUCACAGUUUCAGCGCGCGUCGCAGCGUGUGUCUCAGGUGGUGUCAAAUCCGGCUCCACACCGUUUGCGCGGCUCCCACGUACCGUUUGCGGAGGGUCGGGUCCCACGCACGGUCCCCCUUACGCUUUCAACGCGCCUCGCUGUGCGGAGGAGGAUGGAGCUGGAAGAAGCGGCUCGGGAGCGGAAGGAGCGGUUGCGGGCGUUACGAGAAGCGGCGUCGAUCGUCACAACUGACGGCGAGAAAACGGCUAGCCUGCUAACAGACGGCGACGAUGGAAAGGAGAACGAGCCUGCAGCGGAGGUUCGGUUCCGAAGCUACUUGCCUCGGGACGAGCAGCUGAUGGAGAGGAAGCUUCCUCCGGCGCCGCUCCCCAAGUUCCAGGAACCCACCGCUUCCGAGCCACUGAUUCUUGACCCUAACGAGGACCCUGUAACGACCAUCGCUCCUAGAAAGCCCAAUUGGGAUCUUCGGCGGGAUGUGGCCAAGCGACUAGCAAAGCUGGAGAGACGAACGCAGCGAGCAAUGAUUGAGCUCAUGAGGGAAGAGGAAGAGAGGCGGCAGCAACUUGAGUCGGGCAUAGAAGGGUCUUGACAGACUGGGUUGGGCAGAGCAUCUGGGACCAGGGCUCACUGCGUGACCCAGCCUUGCCAUCUCAGGCAUCGAAGGGUUUCGACGGAAGUGUUGCGACCGAAGGGUUGCGACAGAAGGGCCUCGAGAGAAUGAGCCGGACCGGGCGUAGUGGGGGGACUGGCUGGCUCAAGAGGAGGGCGACAGCAGCAAGAGUCAGGCGUAGAAGGGUCUUGAUCAAAGUGGAAAGCUCAUCCAGGUUUGUAUGUACAUGGAUGUACCCCUUAUUGAGAACACCGACCCCGACUUUCUGGUUUGUCGAACCAGCCUCAUUUUGUUACACGAGUAAUAUCAUAUUCACACUGUAGAUGUACAUUACCCAGCUCAAUGUAGUAUCAAUUAGUG